GAACUGGGACCUGAGCGGAGCAUCUCGGCUCUUACCUCCUUCGCUCCCUGCGUCUUUGUGCAUUUUGCUUCUUUUCGCCGUAAACGUUCUUGUGAGAAAUUCCAAGGGGAAUCUCAGCCGAGCAGAGGAGGGGCGGGCUCCUGCCCACACCUGGGGAGACCGAAGGGCACCGCUCCUGCGCCGCGCGCGCCGCCAGAGCCCGGAGUGCGGACCCCCCCGGGAUGCCUGCGCCCCAGAGGACCCCCUCCCGCAGCCCCCACAUCGCGCACAGGCCCGCCCGGAGCAUGCUGCCUGCAGCCAUGAAGGGGCUCGGUCUGGCACUGCUGGCCGUCCUGCUGUGCUCCGCGCCCGCUCAUGGCCUGUGGUGCCAGGACUGCACCUUGACCACCAACUCCAGCCAUUGCACCCCGAAGCAGUGCCAGUCAUCGGACACAGUGUGUGCCAGUGUCCGGAUCACUGAUCCCAGCAGCAGCAGGAAGGACCAUUCUGUGAACAAGAUGUGUGCCUCUUCCUGUGACUUCGUGAAGCGACACUUUUUCUCAGACUAUCUAAUGGGGUUUAUUAACUCUGGGAUCUUAAAAGUCGACGUGGACUGCUGUGAGAAGGAUUUGUGCAAUGGGGUGGCUGGGGUAGAGCGCAGCCCCUGGGCCCUGGCAGGGAGCCUCCUGCUUAGCCUGGGGCCUGCCCUGCUCUGGGCUGGGCCCUGAGGUCUGUUCCUUUCUAGGAUCUUCUCAGCUCAUUCCUUGAGCUUGUCACUGCUCCCUCCCCAGCCUCUCCUGGCCGGGGCUGGGGGCAGUCUCAGCCCAGCUCGGUGGCCUGUGGCUCUCACCCCACCCCAGCCAUGAGACCUCCCUGUCUGUCCAUUAGCUCUGAGUGCCAGGCAGCUGGACAUCCCCAGGAAGCCUGGCAUCUGGGCAGAGGGCAGGGGAUUGGGA